AUUUGAUUCUGCACUUGGAGUGAUCCCAGCUGCUGUUUAUAUCUAAAUAACUUCUUGCACUGUAUCAGUCUUGUGGUGUAUGUUAACUGACAGUGCCGUGACGGAUAGAUCCAGGAUUUUGACAGAGCUACAAGGGUGCAACGGUGAUAUAUGUCAAAGUCAUGAUGAUGUAUGGCUUGGAGUGAAACUUCAAUGAUCAUGUCCUAAUCUUUCCCCAUGGUAGAGUUGGUGCUUUCAGAAGGUGCUGGUGAAGGAGCCUUGGUGGUCACAUAUACCAAUGGUUAUAUAGGUCCUCUGUGAUCCAGCAUCAUGCCUGUCAUUGCAUCUUUCCUACUUAUGGCCAUUCUUUGGACAAUUACAGUCAAUGAAGAUGCUAUUAUAUCGCUGGAAGAAAUGAUUAAGUCGAAUCCACCUACGGAUAUUAAACUCGCCCGUGGUCGUUUGGGAGAGCACAUUGUGUCCUGGAGUGGAAGCUGCAAUUGUACAUAUAAUGAUACCUAUUACCGGUUUCGCAGCAGUUAUCUGGAUAAAAAGAAUGAAACGUUAAAUGAUGUCCUCAUUAAAACUCAUGAACAGAAAAUAAAUAUGGAAAUCCAUCGAGGAAUACUUGUUCAAGUUAAACUUUCCCAAGGUGAUGAAAAGGCGACAUCUAGCAAUUGGACUAAAAUGAUUUUUCAUCCAUCACGUGAUGCAUUUACCUCAAUUGACAAUCUCACAUGUGUUUUUUAUGGAACUACCUACAUGAACUGCACUUGGAACAUAGCUGAAGAUGCACCCCCAGAUGCAGAAUACUUUUUAUCCUACAGGAAAGCAUAUGCAGAUGAUGUAAAGAACUGCACACAUUAUCAGAGCAAUGGAAAGAGAAAUGUUGCCUGCUAUGGUCAUAAAUAUGAAGAGCACUUGCUCACUGAGGUGAACAUUUGUGUUAGUGAAUUGAGCAACAAGACAAAAUUACCGUACUGCAGAAACAUUUUUCCAGCCACCUACCAAAAACUUGACCCUCCAAUAAAUAUUGUGAUAAACAAAAGCACUGAUGAAGUAAAAUGGGAACUUCCAGAAAUGGAUCUUAAUGACUAUUGUCACACCUAUCAAAUAAAUAUCACAAACUGGAGUGACCAAAAGCAUGAGGUUCGAGAAGUGAACAGUGCCAAAUAUGUCAUGAGCAGAGAUCGUGGGAAAAGAUAUUCAGUGAAAAUCAGGGCAACAGUGAAUGAUAUGUGCUUCAAAAGCACUCUCUGGAGUGAGUGGAGUAAGCCCCUCAAUAUUGAGAUCGAGAUGAAGAAUUUCCCCCUUUCAACAAUUAUAGCAGUGGUCACACUUAAUUUUAUUGCAAUGGUUUUGGUGCCGAUAUUCAUCUGUACAAAGUUCAACUUAUGGUCAAAAGUGUGUCAACCAAUCCCUGAUCCUAAGGAGAAUUUCAGAGGCCUCUUUGAAGAAUGUGAUGGUGAUUUUAAGACAUGGAUUAAUAAGAAUCCAUUACUGGCGACCAACCCAGAAGAAUGCAGUCCAACAACAUUGAAAUAAGUCUAGAAGCUUAUCCCUAAAAACUGGUAUCAAGUGCAACUUUAUUCUGGACUGCCCUUCAUGAUUAUAACAUUGAAUGGACAUUGGUUUCACUUUGGGUUGAGAUGUACAUUUGAAAAGGAAAGUGUAAUGUCUACUGCUAUUGAUGACAAUUUUUUACACGCUCUAUUUCUCAGCUCACUGUAGUGUUUGCUUUACUGUUAGAUGUGCAUUUGUUUUGACCCUCACCAGAUGUUACAGGAGAGUGUCCAGAGUUGAGAAAAGCCUCAAGAGGCUGAGGACAGAGAAGAAGAGAAAUUAUGCACAGUGAAGAGAAUUGGAGGCACCGUCAAAGAGGAAGAAAAGGUGGUGGGGGGAGAGGGGUGAGGGGCAGGAGGAUGGGAGGGCUGCUGGAAUGGUAAGGAGACAGAGGAAAGUGGAAGUAUCAAGGGCAAAAAGGAGGGACAAGAAUGAUGUACCUCUUAUGCUCACAUCCAAAUCACUUAUGUAAGUGAUAAAAAGUAGAGGACCCAGCACCGAUCCUUGUGGCACUCCACUGAGGAAUGGCCUACAUGAAAUAAAUCGUCAAAUUAAAUGUGAAUUAAAUUGGAACUGUUAGUUCUGUCCAUUGUUCCAAUAUUUGAAUAAAAAGUAAACAUUC